UGCUCAUAUAAAAAGAUUUUUAUCAAUUUUUCGCAAGAAGUGAUAUUACAAGAUGUCUUCCGCCAUUCAACUGUUCUUCGAUGGCUCCUGGAUUACCUUGAUCUUGUCGUCCUGUUUGCUACUGAUGAUACUGACACUCGCCAUACAACGUGGACAAUUUAUUUAUGCUGUUAGGAAUAUACCUCAACCAAUAUCUUUGCCGCUAAUUGGGAAUGCCUAUCAAUUAAAUUCCACUUUGGAAGAAUUCUUUACAAAUCUGGUCAAAUGGAGCCAACGAUUUGGUGAUAUAUUUUUAGUUUGGGUCGGCAUACGUCCUUUCAUCUUUCUUUACAAAGUUGAAACGGUCCAACCUUUACUAAGUAGCAGAAUUCAUAUCAAUAAAAGCUUCGAUUACAAAUAUCUAAAUCCAUGGCUUGGCAAUGGAUUAAUCACCAGUAACGGCGAGGUUUGGUAUCACAGUAGGAAGUUACUAACACCGACCUUUCACAGUGGCCUCCUUGAGGAUUAUCUCAAUAGCGCUACGAAUGAGGUUAAAAUUAUGAUCAGCUGUCUCGAGAAAGAGAUUGGCAAGAGCUUCGACAUCGUACCAUAUGCAAAACGUGCUAUGCUAGACGUGAUUUGUGACAGUGCUAUGGGGUACCAACUUAAUGCGCAAACUAAUUUGUUCAACGAAUACGUUUUGGCUGUGACCAGAAUGUCUCAAAUCAUGCAGCAUAGAUUUACAAAUGUUUGGACAUCGUUCAACCUGAUAUUCAGAUUGACAAAAUUAGGAAGAGAACACGAUCAUGCUCUUAAAAUAAUUCAUAGUUUCGUUGAUAAGAUUAUAGCCGAAAGAAAACAGGAAUGGAUAAACAAUCAAAAUGACGAUUCUAACAAACCAAUGAAGAAACAUCGUGCUUUGUUGGAUUUGUUAUUAGAAAUAUCGAAAGAUGGUACAAUCUUGACUGAUACUAACAUUCGCGAUGAGGUUAAUACGUUUAUGUUUGCUGGCCACGAUACAACAGCUACCAGCAUAUCCUGGAUAUUGUAUGCUUUGGGAAGACGACCCGAAUAUCAGGAACAAAUCCUAGACGAAUAUGACGAGAUUAUCGGUGACAAAGAAAUAACAUUAGAAACAUUAAAUAAAUUAGUUCUAUUGGACGCAUGCAUCAAAGAAUCAUGGCGUCUCUAUCCGGUGGUUCCAUUAAUUGCCAGACAAAUUUAUAAUCCCAUUAAAAUACUGGGACACAAUAUUCCAGUUGGUUCGACGGUCCUAAUAAACUCAUAUCUGUUACAUCGAGACGUUCGCUAUUUUCCCGAACCUGAUGUCUACAAACCCGAAAGAUUUUUACCAAGUAGCCCUAAAUUACCAUCGUACACGUUCAUACCAUUCAGCGCGGGAUCACGCAAUUGUAUAGGAUCGAAAUUCGCGACAAUGGUCGUUAAAGUGUUCGUCUUAUCGAUAUUAAAAUCUUAUCAUAUCGAAUCGUUAGUGACCGAAGACAAACUUCGUCUUAUAUCAGAAUUAGUUCUCGUUAAUAAGGACGGAAUAAAAUUAAAAAUUACACCAAGAACGCGAUGAUUUCGAAUAUAAUUUGUUUGUUUGUUUGUUUGUUUUUUUUUUUUUUUUUUUUUAUUUUUUUUUUUCCAUUAUCAAAAUGGAC